AGCCCUUUAAUUCAAUUCUUCAUUCUUUAAUUAGGAAUUAAUCAAAUCUCCCCAAGUAGGAUUCGAACCUACGACCAGUCAGUUAACAGCCAACCGCUCUACCACUGAGCUACUGAGGAACAACGGGAGAUUCGACCUCAUAGAGUUCAACUCCCGUUCUCAACCCAUGAACAAUAUGAGUCCGAAGCUUCCUUCGUAACUCUCGGAACUUCUUCGUAGUGGCUCCGUUCCAUGCCUCAUUUCAUAGGGAACCUCAAAGUGGCUCUAUUUCAUUAUAUUCCAUCUAUAUUCCAAUUCCAUUCAUUUAAUAUCCCUUUGGUGUCAGUGACAUAACAUAAGAGAUGUCAUUUAUAGUCUAUCUCUUUCUAUAUAUGGAAAGUUAAGAAAUCAUCAUAUAAUAAUCGAGAAAUUGCAAUAGAAAAGAAAAAGGGGAGGUUUGCGAUGAUUUUGAAAUCUUUUCUACUAGGUAAUCUAUUAUCCUUAUGCAUAAAGAUAAUAAAUUCGGUCGUUGUGGUCGGACUCUAUUAUGGAUUUCUGACCACAUUCUCCAUAGGGCCCUCUUAUCUCUUCCUUCUCCGAGCUCGGGUUAUGGAAGAAGGAACCGAGAAGGAGGUAUCAGCAACAACUGGUUUUAUUACGGGACAGCUCAUGAUGUUCAUAUCGAUCUAUUAUGCGCCUCUGCAUCUAGCAUUGGGUAGACCUCAUACAAUGACUGUCUUAGUUCUACCAUAUCUUUUGUUUCAUUUCUUCUGGAAAAAUCAAAAAAGCUUUAACAGUAUUAGAAAUACCAGUACCAGAAACUCAAUGCGUAAUCUCCGCAAUCUCAACAUUCAAUGUGUAUUCUUGAAUAAUCUAAUCUUUCAAUUAUUGAACCAUUUUAUUUUACCAAGUUCAACGUUAAUCAGAUUAGUCAACAUUUAUAUGUUUCGAUGCAACAACAAGAUCUUAUUUGUAACAAGUAGUUUUGUUGGUUGGUUAAUUGGUCACUUUUUAUUCAUGAAAUGGCUUGGAUUGGUAUUUAUUAUUCUGGAUCCGGACAAAAUAGAUGAAACGGAAGAUGUCCGAGCAAAUAGAAAGGAAAAAACAAAGGAUGAAUUCGACUUUCACUUUAUAGAGACAUGCUAA